CUCAGAUCAAUUUUCAGCUUUGCUACAUCGUCUCUCAAAGUUAUGCCACGUACAUUGUAGGCAUCAAUGUCUGGAAUCGAAAUCCUCGGCGUGGCUGCCAGUGUGAUCCAAAUCGCUGAUCUCGGUGCUCGCCUUUCUGUCAAACUCUUUACAUUCUCACGCAAAAUCAAAUCCGCCGACAAAUCCAUUGAUAGUAUCUCGCAAGAGAUCGCAGCGACAGGCGCCGUCCUCAAGCAACUUGGCAAUGAACUGUCCAAAGAUGAAAACGUAGAGCUCUGCUCGAAGGAGGCUCUCGCCACAACGAAAGGCCUGGUCGACAGGUGCAUGGAUGUCUUCAACGACCUAAACUCUUCGCUGGACGGACACUUCUCCUCUAACUCGAUAGUGGCAGGAUGGAAACAGAGACUGAAGUUUCCCUUCUUAGAGGACCAGAUUCAACUCCUCCGAGCAAACCUGGAAAGGCUGAAAAGCUCUCUGCUGGUUAUGCUCAAUGUGCUGAUAUUUGCAGCACAGGCGAGAAGCCAUCGAGACAUUGGCCUACUGAAAGACCACAGAGCAUUAAUUGAGACGCUGAUUGAAGAGAAGAAUGCUUCAGCGUGGAAAUAUGAACAAGCACAGAAAGCGAUACGCUGGACUUCUCCCAAUAAGCCGCACGAGGGAGCAAACGAAACGAGAGACCCAGCUCCUGUAGCUGAAAGUACUUCGACUUCCGGACCAUUGUCUCCUUUUGGGACAAUGAACGCCGUUGUCGACACCAGUACUGAACCGGUGAAGGGUAUGGGUCAAACCAAUAUCUCGGAUUCGAAAACAUCACCUCUGCCUUUCGGUCUGAGGGUUCGCCUUGAAGAGAUCCGAAAUCAUGGUAUGGUCAUCAGUAGUCUGCUUGCAAAAGUGAAUUCCUUCAACCGUGAGAUAAGUUACGAUUUUCGAGACAAAUUGCACCGCGGGAUUCUUGGAGCGCAUUGGAAACAGUGGGCACCUUUGAGGCAAGUCUAUGGUGAGGAAGUACUGAUGAAUGCUUUCUCCGAACACCCAGAACUGGUCAAAUUCUGGAUAUCAAAGAUGGAAGAGAUUGUAUCUCCUAGUCUUUCACGUGACAAACUCGAAGCUGCAGCUUUGAAGGCAAAUGAGCAGCGGUUAGGACCUUCGGCUAUCGCUGGCCUACAAGUUCAUAAGCGGAAACGAGGCGGAUCGGUGAGAACCACGAGGACAGCAAAUAUUGUUCCCGGAGAGAGAAAAUCAGGACCAGCAGACGUGGUAUAUAUCGACUACCACGCCUCUAACAAGGCGAGCAUUGCUUAUGAAAGCACAGAUGAUCGGAACUCCAUCUCUGAGACCACCUCGGACGCCAACUUCAAUCCUUUCGAGGAGGCCGACGACAAGAACGUCUCCAAGGACAGUAGUGCCAGGAUCAACAUCCCCAUCCUGGCUGCUGACGAUGCCGUCGGCGACAAGGUCGAUGAUUGGGAAUAUCCCAUCAUAAUCAAAUCGAGGAGGUCCGACUCAGACACACUGACCGAGAUCGAAGAAGUUACUCGCCUCGGUAUGGAAAGCUUGAAAUAUUUUGAGGACUCUAGUCAGCACAAUGAUUUCGACUACUACAUGGGACGGUACACCCAGCUUUCUAGCUCCGAAUUUAUGAUUGGCAACUGAAGGCGUUGAUCUUGGUAGUGUGAAUUUUAGGACCAGGAAAACGCGAAUUGAAUUGAUUGAGUGGUAUGAACAGGUCAUAUGAAGACAAGGCGAUUUUUGAAUUACGAAAGUCCUCAAGCAAAUGCAAUACCUUUUGAAGCAUUGUUAGCACAC